UUUGAGCUUUGCCCCGAUACUGUGGGUUUUCGAAACAUGCUGACUGAAUUUGAGGGAAUGUGUGUAAGCAGUUAUAAAAAGUGGCAUUCCAGUUACAGCUAUUGUAACGUAGGAGAUCAAUGAGAUGUACCAGCAUCUGCUGCACUCAUGGCUCAUGCUGGCAGAAACAAAUCAGCAAAGAUAAUCAACAAAAAAACCCUCUUGAUUUAUUUUAUACAGUCUAUGGAUUUCACCCUUUGAACAGGUGAAUCUGGACAUUGUGUUCAUGAAGGUCCACAGUACUGAACCACAGUUCUCCUCUUAGAAGCUCAUACCACUUCACUAUCACAGCUUUGACCAGAGACAGUGUUUUAAGUCCAGGCUGAAGGUUUUUUGACUGGGAAAAGUAGGCCUUUGGGUUCACUGCAUGACUUUCCCUUAUACACAAGUCUCUCCAAUAUCUUUAAUAUUUAAUCCAAUGUCCACUUUUGUGUAGCAGUGUUUGUGACCAUUUUACACACCAAAUUGUGUAUUUCGCUAUUUAUUUAACCCGUUUUACUAUAUUUGAUUUAAACCUGCAAAAUGAUGACUACAUUCCUCUUGUCUGCAGCAGACUGACGGGUGUCCCUCUAACUGGAAACGAGCGCACUGGGCACCGCCCACCACAGAGUGAGCCAACUCUUCAGCCACUAACAGCAAACACAGCAGAUACAGCUAGCUAGCUAACAAGGCUGUGAUGGCGGUAGUUGGAACCCCGGGGGCUGAAUGUGUGACCAAGGUGGCGCUGAGCAUCUCCUGUGAGAAUCUGCUCGACAUGGAUGCCUUCUCAAAGUCUGACCCUCUGUGUGUGCUUCUCAUGAACACCUCAGGCCCCCACUGGUGUGAGAUUGGCCGGACAGAGAAAAUCAAGAACUGCCUCAAUCCCAAGUUUUCCAAGACUUUUGUCAUUGACUACUACUUUGAGAUGGUGCAGAAGCUGAGGUUUGAAGUGCACGACAUUGACAGUGACAACUGCAGUCUGCAAGAUGCUGACUUCCUGGGAGAACUGGAGUGUACCUUGGGACAGAUCGUCUCCUCAAGGAAACUAACAAGACCACUUGUAAUGAAGGACAAGGCACCUGCAGGGAAAGGAACCAUUACUAUAUGUGCUGAAGAAAGAACAGACAAUAGGGUGGUGGAAUUUGAAGUUGCAGCUAGAAAACUGGAUAAAAAGGAUUUCUUUGGCAAGUCCGACCCUUUCCUGGAAUUCUACAAGCAGACAGAAACUGGAUGGCAGCUGGCUCACAGGACAGAGGUGGUGAAAAACAACCUAAACCCAAUAUGGAGGCCAUUCCGAAUCCCGCUGCAGUCACUCUGUGGAGGUGACGUGGAGAAAUCUAUCAAGGUGGAUUGUUAUGACUACAACAGCAGCGGAUCUCACGACUUUAUUGGAUCCUUUGAGACCACACUCUCCCAAAUACAGCAGGCGUCACAGGCAUAUGCGGCCGAGUUUGAAUGCUGCAAUAGUAAAAAGAAACAGAAAAAGAAAGGAUACAAAAACUCUGGUGUUGUCAUUAUAAAAAAAUGCAAGAUAGUGAAGGAUUAUACUUUUCUGGAUUACAUAAUGGGCGGCUGUCAGAUUAACUUCACUAUUGCUAUUGAUUUCACAGGCUCCAACGGGGAUCCCAAGUCUCCCCAGUCCCUCCAUUACAUCAACCCUCAGGGCUACAAUGAAUACCUGGCAGCUAUCUGGGCAGUGGGUAAUGUCAUCCAGGACUAUGACAGUGACAAGAUGUUCCCUGCUUUUGGAUUUGGAGCCCAGAUCCCUCCUACAAUGCAGGUCUCCCACGAGUUUCCCAUCAACUUCAACCCAUCAAACCCGUUUUGUGCAGGUAUCGAGGGUGUGGUCCACGCCUACCAGCACUGUCUGCCCCAGGUGAAGCUUUACGGUCCCACAAACUUUUCCCCAAUCAUCAACCACGUUGCCCACUUUGGCAGACAAGCCAUUCAGCAGAAAACUGCCUCUCAAUACUUUGUUCUCCUCAUCAUCACUGACGGAGUGAUCACAGACAUGGACGAGACACGCAGUGCCAUCGUCAACGCCUCUCGCCUGCCCAUGUCGAUCAUCAUUGUUGGAGUAGGGGGGGCAGACUUCAGUGCCAUGGAGUUCCUGGAUGGAGACGAUGGAAUUUUACGCUCUGCUGCAGGCGAGGCUGCCAUGCGGGACAUUGUGCAGUUUGUGCCAUUCAGGCAGUUCCAAAAUAGUCCUCAAGAAAUGCUUGCUCGGAGUGUCUUGGCGGAAGUCCCGGGUCAGGUGGUGGGCUUCUUCAGUACCAUGAGUUUGAGGCCACCCCAUAGUGACACUCCUCUCCCUGACCUCUCAGCAUCAGCACCCCCCAGUAGUGUGUCCUGAGGAGCAGCUUGUCUCCUCAGUAUACCACAUGAACAUGCAGCAUCCAGUCUGGCAGUCAUGUUACGAUUUGUAAAUAGUAUGUAGCCAUGAUAUAAAGCCAUAGUGGACAGCCAUAGUACACACAUAUUGUCAAACACUUCACAACAUUUUUUAACAUAUACUUAACUUAGAUAUUUAAUGUGACACUUACAUAUGACUUUAUGUGACUCAAGUGCCAGGAUUGUUAAGAAAGUAAUUUCUUAUUUUAUUGAUCUGCACAGCCUAGCGAAUGAAUUGAAACCAGCGCGACUUGACUCAAGCUCUGGUUUUUGGGGCAGCUAAUAACAGCCAUCUCAUUAGUCUGUCAAAGUGUCAGUCAGAAUGUCUACACGAAAGGGCUGGAGCACUUAAUGUGUUCUCUGUGUCUGCUGAUAUUUCCUCCAGUAUCUCCAUAUUACAAUGACCACCUGUUUGUUGGCUUUCACACUUUCAUGGUUGCCUGGGAAAUGAAGCAGACAUUUCCAUUCAUCGUGGACCUCGGACAAAGCUAUGGCUGUACCAAAUACAAUUCAGUUAUGUUUACAUAAUGGAUCCAUACAUCAUGGAUUGAUACGUUUGUUUAAAUUAAUGCCUUUUGUAGAUUUUACACUACAAAAACUACAACAGUGUGUCCUUGCUGCUGUUUUGUACUUCAGUCAGUUUCUGUUUUUGAAAAUCAGUUCCAUAUUUGAUUUGACGUACUAUUUGGUGCUUACGUACGAGUGUUAAACAAGGAGAAUCCCUAGAAGUGAUUAGCACCAGUAACCAUGGUGAGCUUCGUUUGGUGAAAUGCAUGUUCACUGAAGUUCACUCUGUCUUAAAAGGAGGAAGUAAAACUUAUGACUUUACUGACUGUUAUGAAAAUGGCCUAACACAUUUAAUUAAGUGUAUAUGUACAAUUGUUUAGAUAAGUUGUUAUCAUUGAUCAUUAUGGCAUUGCCUUAUGUAAUAUACUUGUCUUUGUCAUGGAUGUGAUUUUUCUCAAUAUUUCCUGUAAACAUGAUAUGCAAUGCAAGCAAAAAAAUCAAAUUUAAUCUACAUAAUAGCCAGCUUCUACUUCAAUACUUUUUUUAUGUAAAGUUUUUAGAUAAAAGAUUUUUUUUUUUUUAUGUUUGUGCUACUGCCUUCAUGUCAUGAUAUUAAAGAAAAAGUAUAUGUAUUCUCA